AUGAUGAAAUCACCCCAAGGCUCGGAAGGACGCCCGCGCUCCGACAAUGACGAAGAGACCCUGCUAAUGGAUUCACUGAAGAAGAACAAGAGCACACUCAUUGGAGCUCCUGGAGAAGUUGAAGCCACUGUGGUACCAUACGAGAAAUGCAGAUGGGACUUCUUCCUGAGCCACAAGCAGUCGAAUGCACAGGAUGCCGUGCAGAACCUGCGUUUGGCCAUUGGUGAGAAGUUCAUGGGGGCAUCGUUUUGGUUGGACAUCGAGCAAGAUCCAACAGUCAGGGGCAUGUGCCAUGGAGUGUGCCACUCCAGAAAUGUGCUUGUCUUCCUCACGGAGGGGAUCUCGGAGAGUAAGUUUUGUCAAAUGGAGAUGAGAUGGGCGGUAGCUGCGAAACGGAACAUCAUACUAGUGAUGGAGACCGACGACCGCCACGGGAAACCGGACAUGAAGGAGCUCAUCCGCAAGUGCCCCGAGGAUGUGCAGCACUUGUUUGAGGAGAUACCCAUCAUUCCCUGGUUCCGAGAUCCGGAGUUCCGGUCGGUUUCCGUCGAUAAGAUCGUUCGCAACCUUGCAAAGGAUCCAAGGAAGACGGAUGCCGACAAGAAGAAGUCGAAGCCACUCGUGUACGGCAACGGGGACUCCGAGGAGGGAGCAGAAGUCUUCGACCAAAGCUUCGUCAAGUUCACGGCCGCCUGUGGCGUUGCACUUCCAGGUGCCGGACGGCGCACACAGUGCUGGGCAGUCGCAGUCCGUGUUAUCCUUCUAACCUGUGGCAUGAUGUGCUGCAGCAGACUGGCAACUCCGGAGGGACCUGGUUUUCUGGACUACCUCACCAUUAUUCAGAUUGUGGCGGCCCAUCCGAUGAUCUUCUUUUUGCUCCAUGUGGUUCUGGUCAUUUUGCAGUCGCCGCUAGUCGCCGACUUGCUGGAGAAUCAUAUCGACGUCGCCAGCGAGGGCAAGAAGCUCCGUUUUAAAACGAAGCUUCUGACUGCCCUCGUCUUUCUCUUGACCACUACAUUAUCCCUUUGGGGAUGGGUGGGCUACCUCCCUGGCUUCUUCUCGGCGUACUAUCUCACCGCUGCAGAAGAUGGAAACCCGGUGUCAGAUGGGCUGGUGGCUUAUGGCAUCGCGCAUGGGAUCACCUGGAUCCUCAUCCUGCCCAUAUUCUUUGGCAGCUUCUUCGCUGCUCUGAUGAUUAUGUUCAUCCUCCAGGAGCUUUGCUUUAUGGCCUUGCUGACAGCCUUCAACGAUUUGAACGAGGAGAUUGCUUUUAGCGGCCUCGAAGCCGUCGCCUUCUCCGAGAACUCGAUCCAUGUCUCCGUUCACGACCUCUAUCGGUUUCAGGUGAAGUAUGCGAGCAGCUGGGCAUUGUUUAAGAAGAUCCAGGAUAAGAUUGCCAUGCCUCUGCAAAUCUUCUGGGUAAUCGAGGUCAGCAUCAUGGCCUGGUCAAUCUGGAGCAUGACCCAAGGGAUCGCGGCGGACCCUGGCGAUGAGCGUGUUCUGCGGCUCAAGUCCUACUGGAAUCUCAUCGUUCGGCUCUCCUGGUUUGUUGGCGGAUCGCCUUGGUUUGGAGCAGGGAGUUGGAUCACCGGAAUUCUGCCGUGGGGAAGUAACUAUUAUGCUUGGAGGAUGGACAACCUCACCAAGCGCUUGCUGUUCAAGCAGCCGACGCUGAGGAACUCGAUGCGUACAUUUUUGCAGGAGUUUCCUUUGGAAUUUCGUAGCGGCUUCCUCCAGACCACGCCGAUUAUGCUCCCACUCUUCUCCGUCAUCCUUGCCACGAAUACCGUGGGCUUCGCAUCGAUCAUGAAUUGCGAGAGCGCUCGCGCGGCCAGCACUUGUGCAGUGAAUGCCAACGUGGUGGAGCUCGAGUCUACAUGGGAGGAAGCGAGGACGAGCGAGACCUGGAUUCUGCUGGAAGGUCUGCUUUGGCGGCGCCACGGCGCUGCAUCAAAAAAGUCUCAGUGCAGGGCUCUGGGGCGACAGCUCAUUGAAAUCCAGAAAGAAUGGCGAAGGCUGGAAGAGAAGCGGAAUCAGAUCCCCAGCGAAGAUGUCAUUCGGAGAACCAACCUUCUGCUGCGGCUGGGGCGUGCAAAUUCGCAUCCAGAGGGCCAGGGAACACCGGCGCUGAGCGGUGUGGGCUCGCCCUACCCUGCUCAUCUCCUGGUGCCUGGAUCCACUCCAACCCGAGCACCGACUCCUCUCGAACGUGCGAGUUCAUACCCUGGCCAGCCUGCAGUGCCAGCAUUGCCUGCCAGAGCCCUGAAGCAGGUGCAGCUGAGCUUGCCGCUGCCGACGAAGUGA